AUGUGGUUGUUGCUGGUGGGCCUGUGCCUGGCCCCGGGGUUGGGCGACGCCAUCCCACAUGCCAGAGUGAGCCACGACAACCCGGAGCAGUUCAUGAACAUCAGCCAGAAGAUCCGUUUCCACGGGUAUCCCAGCGAGGAGUACGACGUGCAGACAGAGGAUGGCUACUUCCUCAGCCUCAACCGGAUUCCCCACGGCAAGGGGGAUGCUGGGCACUCAGGAUCCAAGUCACCCGUGUUGAUAGUCCAUGGGUUCAGCUUAGAUGGUGGUGACUGGGUGGACAACCUUCCCAACAGCAGCCUGGGCUUCAUCCUCGCAGACGCAGGGUACGACGUCUGGAUCGGAAACAGCCGGGGCAACAGCUGGUCCCGCCGGCACCUGAACCUUUCUGUCGACCAAGAGGAGUUUUGGGAUUUCAGCUUCCACGAGAUGGCCAUGUACGACCUCCCCACCAUGGUGGGCUUCAUCCUAAGGCAAACCGGCCAGGAGAAACUGUUCUACGUUGGCCACGCUCAGGGCAACUCUCUGGGUUUCAUAGCAUUUUCAAGCAUGCCGCACCUGGCUGAGAAAAUCAAACUCUUCUUUGCGCUGGCUCCUCUCUACACCUUUCAUCAUGUCAAAGGCCCCAUUUUAAAGAUAGCUUUUUUACCAGACGCAGUGCUGAAGGCAAUAUUUGGAACAAAACAGCUGACUCUGGUGGGGAGGAAGGAGAGAGCCACCCUUGCCAAGACGUGCAGCAACCUGCUAACAGCUGAAGUCUGUGAAAAUGAGAUCUUCCUUAUUGGCGGGUACAACAGGAAGAACUUGAACGUGAGCCGACUGGAUGUAUACCUAGCUCAUUUUCCAGACUACACAUCAGUAAAAACUCUUCUCCACUGGGGACAGACUGCCAAAACCGGGGAGUUCAAGCAGUUUGACUAUGGGGAGAAGAACCAGGAGAAGUACAACCAGGCUACGCCCCCCUUGUACAGGAUAGAAGACAUGAUGGUGCCGACCGCCCUGUGGAGCGGCGGGGAGGACUGGGUGAAUCCGCCUCUGGAGACCCGGCGCUUGCUCCCCCGCAUCACCAACCUCGUUCGUCACGAGCACUUCCCCGACUGGAACCACUUUGACCACCACUGGGGUCGGGACGCCCCUCAGCGCAUGUACAGGCAGAUCGUCGCUCUGAUGGAGCAAAAUCCAUGA